GCUCUCCCCGGCGCUGCGAGGCAGCGGCGCAGGCGGAGCGGUGCGGGGCUCGCUGCUCGCCGUGUCGCCGCCAGAGCCAGCGGCCGCGGCCAUGGGCGUCCCGGGCCGCCCGCUUUGUGCCGCCGCCGCCGCCGCCUCCUCGUCCCCGUCGCCGCCGCCGCCUCCCCCCGCCGCUCCGGGCCGCCGCCGCCGCCGCUGCUGAGCCGCAUGGGCCGGGCCCCGCGCCGCCGCCGCCGCCGCUGCCGCCGCCGCACCGUGCGGAACAAACUUGUUCACCGUGGAACUACAGAUAUCGGUGAUCUGAGGUCUCAGCUCUUCCCCCUUUGUUCCUGUGUGAGCAAACGCCAGAAAAAUGAAUAUCCAGGGGAAAGGAUUCCCUCUGGACCUUGGAGGAAGCUUCACUGAAGAUGCUCCAAGGCCGCCGGUUCCUGGUGAGGAGGGUGAACUCGUGUCCACAGAUCCAAGGCCAGUUAGCCACGGUUUUUACUCUAGCAAAAGUGAUGUUGUUAGAAAUGAGACGUCCACCGCAACACCGAGGCGCUCUGAUUUGGAUUUGGGAUAUGAGCCCGAGGGGAGUGCUUCGCCAACUCCACCCUACCUGAAGUGGGCUGAGUCGCUGCACUCCUUGCUCGAUGAUCAAGAUGGUAUCAAUCUCUUCAGGACUUUCCUGAAACAGGAGGACUGUGCGGAUCUGCUGGACUUCUGGUUUGCCUGCAGUGGCUUCAGGAAGCUGGAGCCGUGCGUGUCCAAUGAGGAAAAAAGACUCAAACUGGCAAAAGCCAUUUACAAAAAAUACAUUCUCGACAACAAUGGCAUUGUGUCCCGGCAGAUCAAACCAGCCACAAAAAGUUUCAUAAAAGACUGUGUCGUGAAACUACAGAUUGACCCUGACAUGUUUGACCAGGCCCAAACUGAGAUUCAGUGCAUGAUAGAAGACAAUACCUACCCUUUGUUCCUUAAGUCGGAUAUUUAUUUGGAAUACACAAGGACAGGUGGGGAAAGUCCAAAAAUUUACAGCGAUCCGAGCUCAGGGUCUGGGACAGGUAAGGGGCUACCUGGUUAUCUGCCCACUCUGAAUGAGGAUGAGGAGUGGAAAUGUGACCAAGACACCGAGCCUGAGGCCAGCAGGGACUCUGCACCCUCGAGCAGGCUCACCCAGAAGCUGCUUUUGGAGACGGCAACCCAGCGCGCCAGCUCGACGCGGCGGUACAGCGAGGGGAGGGAGUUCAGGCAUGGGUCAUGGAGAGAGCCUGUUAACCCUUACUAUGUCAACACGGGAUAUGCUCUGGCCCCAGCCACCAGUGCCAACGACAGCGAGCAGCAGAGCAUGUCCAGUGAUGCAGACACAAUGUCGCUGACAGACAGCAGUGUAGAUGGGAUCCCACCAUACAGACUCCGGAAGCAGCAUCGCAGAGAGAUGCAGGAAAGUGCCAAAGCAAAUGGACGUGUGCCACUACCUCACAUUCCUCGUACGUAUCGAAUGCCAAAGGAUAUCCAUGUUGAACCAGAGAAGUUUGCUGCAGAAUUGAUCAAUCGUUUGGAAGAAGUACAAAAGGAACGUGAAGCAGAGGAGAAGUUAGAGGAGCGCCUUAAACGUGUUCGAGCGGAGGAAGAAGGUGAGGAAGCAGACAUCUCUUCUGGUCCUUCAGUCAUUAGCCACAAGAUGCCUUCUGCCCAAACCUUUCAUCACUUUGCUCCUCGUUACUCUGAGAUGGGCUGUGCUGGGAUGCAGAUGAGAGAUGCACAUGAAGAAAACCCAGAAAGCAUCCUUGAUGAACACGUACAGCGUGUGAUGAAAACACCAGGCUGUCAAUCUCCAGGACCUGGCCGCCACUCUCCUAAGCCACGGUCUCCAGAAAGCGGCCACUUAGGAAAGCUGUCAGGGACACUAGGAACAAUUCCUCCAGGGCAUGGCAAACACACAACAAAAUCAGGAAUGAAACUGGAUGCAGCUAACUUAUACCACCAUAAACAUGUCUACCACCACAUCCAUCACCACAGCGUGAUGAAACCAAAAGAGCAAAUUGAGGCCGAGGCCACACAGAGGGUGCAGAACAGCUUUGCUUGGAAUGUAGAUUCACAUAACUAUGCAACAAAGUCACGAAACUACACUGAAAACUUGGGCAUGGCCUCUGUCCCCAUGGACUCUUUAGGCUACAGUGGGAAAGCAAGUCUGCUCUCAAAAAGAAAUGUUAAGAAGACCGAUUCAGGGAAAAGUGAUGGUGCCAACUAUGAGAUGCCAGGAUCUCCUGAAGACGUGGAGAGAAACCAGAAGAUCCUUCAGUGGAUCAUAGAAGGAGAGAAGGAGAUCAGCAGGCAUAAGAAAACAAACCAUGGCUCUUCAGGUGCUAAGAAACAGCUGUCCCAUGAUAUGGUCCGACCCCUCUCCAUUGAGCGACCUGUUGCAGUGCAUCCGUGGGUCAGUGCGCAGCUCCGGAACGUUGUCCAGCCUUCUCACCCUUUCAUCCAAGAUCCUACCAUGCCGCCCAAUCCAGCACCCAACCCUCUCACCCAGCUGGAAGAAGCUCGCAGAAGGUUGGAGGAGGAGGAAAAAAGGGCUGGAAAACUCCCCCUUAAACAAAGGUUGAAGCCCCAGAAGAGACCGGGCAGCGGUGCGUCCCAGCCGUGUGAGAACAUCGUGGUUGCUUACUACUUCUGCGGAGAGCCGAUCCCUUACCGCACCCUCGUCAAAGGGCGCGUGGUGACACUGGGACAGUUCAAGGAGCUGCUGACCAAGAAAGGGAACUACAGGUAUUACUUUAAGAAAGUGAGUGAUGAGUUCGACUGUGGUGUGGUCUUCGAGGAGGUGCGGGAAGAUGACACCAUCCUGCCCAUCUUCGAAGAGAAGAUCAUCGGGAAGGUGGAAAAGAUCGACUAGGCGACUAGGCUGUGAGGCUGCAAAGGCUUUAAGGAAAGGACUGUGAAAGACUCUGGGACCGGAGGAGAAGGUCUGGGGCUGACGCUGGCGGUGCUACUCCAGCAGGCGCUGGGCGAGCCCGGGGCGGAGGGCGGCAGCCUGCUCUGUGCAAGCUGUUUUGCCAGUGGAAGUCGUUUCACCCCAGGAACCUGCCAGUGGGAGCCUGGGCUCCCUCUCCAUACCGAAUAUAAGUGUAAUGUAGCAUUGUACAGUGCAUUAGAAAGUGUAAUAUGACCUUGUUUACUAAAGCUGCAUAUUUUUGAUAUAUUGUAAUAAAAGGAAAAUAUUUCCAAUGUCACAGUGCUCUUAUGUAAAUGUAAAACGUACAGGUACUGCAGAAUUCACCCAAAGUGUACAGCCAUCCGUCAAACUCAGUGUGGUCCUCGCUUUCACAGCACCCUUCCCUGCCCCCUCCGUGUGGAUGGCUCCUGAGUGAUGCUGCUGCAGCGGGGCAGAGCGCGCCUGGCCCAACGAGCUGCUGUCCCCCCGAGUCGUGUGGAAGGUGUUGCUGCGCUCCGGUGGUGCCCUCCUCUGUGGUUCCUGCGCACCUCCAAAGAUUGCUGAGACGUUUUGAACAAGUCGGCCUCUUGCCUCCCUGGCACUUGCAGCUACUGGACCUGGUAGGGUGGUUUUUCUCCUGAGCUUUCUGAGAUUGAGUGACUUCCCGAUGGAAAGAAGGGUCAGUGGCAGUUCUCAGUGCUGGGGGCUUCCUGUGGUGCCUUGUACCAGAGACACGGGAUGGGGCGAGCUGGCAGGGCCGUGGGACAUCCGUGAGGACCAGCUCCCACCCCAUGCUGUGGAGCUGGGGCGGCAGGCUGGGCACUGGCAUCCCACAUCCUGCACUUGUCCUCCACGUCUGCCCUGUUCCUGGAGAAGACCUUUCUUCCCAGGAGGGAGCAGCAGCUCCGCAGAGGGCUGGCACCCGUGUGCCCCCUGCAGACAUGCUCAGGCCUCCAGUGUCAAAGUCAGGCUUUGGUCAAAGAGUCUUUCUAGGAGACGUGUAGUAUGGGGAGGAAGCCAAUGAGACACUUUAAGUAUGAGGACAAAACCCAUCUUUUUUGAGUCUUGAGUCUUUUUUUCAGGUUCUGUGUCUCUGGGGAGGUCAUGUGAGGGCACUGCAGUCCAGUGCUAGUAGCGAAGGGAGUUGUUGAUUCCAUUUUGUGGGGCUCUUUUAGGGCCAGGUCACCCGAACACUGCACUCACUCUAAGGGGCAGCCACCAGGGUGCAGAUGGGACUCUAGGCAGCCUCCUGGGAUUACUUGCUCCCACCUGGGCUGCCCACUCCCACUGCCCCUGCCUUUGGCCCUGCCCUGCCCACCAGCCCGGGCUGUACUCCAUGCCCAAGCAGCCGCAACUCUGCGCUGGCUCCUUCAGCGAGACCGGCCCCCCCCCCACGUCCCCCAAAGCCAGCUCGUCGGGGGCUUCCACAUCAGCUCUUGCCCUGCCUGGCCGCGUGUCCCGGCUCUGCACUCUGCUGCUGCAGCAUUUUGGAGCAUGGUGCAGCUGCCUGUGGGGCUGGGGGCCCUGUGUGCGUGGCACCGCAUGGGGAUUUGACUCAGCCUAUUGUAUAUGUCACCGAGUGCCUUUUAAACACGGUCCUGUGACUUGCCUAUCACUAUGUGAAGUCCAGCAAAGUCUGCAAUCGUUUUCAGCCAGGGAACAGCAUUAUGAACGUUUUUUUUCCUCCCUCUUUUUUUAAGUUCUGACCAUGUUGUGUCUGGUGAGGUUGUUACCAUGCCUGGGAUUUCCGUCUCCCCCUUUUUUUCCUCAGGGGGUUCCCUGUAAAUAUGUACAUUUGCUAAGCGCAGCAUCCUCUGCUGGCUGUGCAGCCCUGGCGAUGUCUCCUGUGCAUCCUCAUGUGCUGACUUGUACAAUGAUCUUUUCAAAGGUACUUGGAUAAAAUGAAAUAAAACCCCACAUCCCAAUG